CAGAAAAGUGGAAUCAUGAAUUAAAGGUACCUCGAUAAAUGGGUCGGUCUACAAAUCGUGGUAAAGGAGUGCAUUGCCAAGGCGACUAAGGUGCGUGCGUGUGCGUGUCCAAAAGUGUGCUAUGAAAAGAGAACGAUCAUCGGGACAGCGAUUCCACGGCUAUCUUCGUUCCAACGGCAAUUCCAUGUUUCAAAAACGAACGGCCUGAAGACGGGAAUAUUAUGGACUAUCCGGUUUUAGGCCACUACGACCCGUCCGUAGAGGCCACGGCUGAUAGCGGCGGUGACGAGCAAGAACUGCUUUGGGAAGAAUCAAAUUAUGUUUUACCUGGUGAUGAAUAUGUACCUGCAACUGAGCAAUUUGGAGAAGAUUUUGCGGGAGCUGAGUUUCAUGAAACUCGUACUUUACUUGCGGAUGGAGGAGAUAGAUUUGGAGUUUCCACUGCCACUUUUGACAAUGUUGAAGAACUUAUGUGGAUAGGGAAUCAAGGGGGUCACGUCACAUCUUAUUACGGGGCUGGUUUACAAAAGUACACCUCAUUUCAAGUUCAUGCCACACAAGAAGUUCGGCAUAUUCAUCCAUUAGAUGAGGGAAUUUUAAUCCUAACACAGAGUUUAUUGAGAUGUCAGUUAAGGCGUGGCAUUCCAAUGUUUACACAUAUGUCAUCAAAUAUGAUAGACAUGCAAUGCAUGCUACAAAUUUCACCAACGAGAUUACUUAUGGGAGGACAUCAAGAAAAAAUAAUUGAUUUUAAUCUAACCAGAGGAAAAGAGACUGGAUUAGUACAUGUAGGUGAACAUGGUUGUGCAAUUUUAAGGCAGCAUAGCAGGCUUAUAUGCUGUGGUAAUCCUGCUGGAAGAAUUGAUCUCAGGGAUCCAAACACAUUAUCAAUAGAACAUACUUUCGAUACCCAUAGUGGUUCUCUCAGUGAUUUCGAUGUUCAAGGAAAUUACCUUGUUACUUGUGGUUUUAGUAACAGUCAUCAGGGUUUGUCAGUAGAUCGAUUCUUAAUGGCAUAUGACUUGCGACAAAUGAGAGCAUUAAGUCCUGUUACAACUGUGGUAUAUCCUCUUCUAUUGAAGUUCCUACCCAGCUAUUCCAGUCGUUUAGCUGUAGUAUCACCAUUAGGACAAAUGCAACUUCUUGAUACUAUUUAUGCUAAUGUACAACCCGCCAUGACAUGCUUGUAUCAGGUUGCAACUGGUGGUGCAAUGAUACUAUCAUUUCAUGUAUCUUCUACAUCUCAGUGUCUAUGUUUUGGAGAUUCAGCAGGUUCUAUACACCUAAUGUCUACAAAUACACCUGAGCCUCAGUUUAAUACAUUUUUUCAGCCAACUGAAUUUGCCGAUCCAGUUGAAUCACUUCAAUCUAUAUCAUUUAACGAUGAUGUUACCCCAUUAAGUACAAUACCAAUUGUUUAUACUGGACACCCACUAUUGAGUGAUUGGCCAGAAGAAUAUUUGAAAAAAGUUUAUAGGAAAACACCACAAAUUGAUCCUGAAAUACUACGCACAAUGAAGAUGCAAGGAACUAUAGGUUAUGCCCCAAAUCCUCAGGCAUUUCGGAGAAAUCAAAUACCUUACAAUUUGGAAAAACGACGGGGAGUAGUCGCAAAGCUUUUCGCGGGGGACUCACGAUCUAAAACAGAUGACGGCACCUUUGUGGCCAUACCUAAACGUUAUCGUAAAAUUGAGGUGAAAUACUCACGACUCGGUUACGAUGAGUUUGAUUUCGAUCAGUAUAAUUACACCAGCUUCUGCGGUCUCGAAGCCACGCUUCCCAACAGCUAUUGUAACGCUAUGUUGCAGUUACUUUACUAUUGCGAACCCGUGAGAAUAACGUUGCUCUCCCAUUCAUGCCAAAGAGAAUUCUGCUUGUCCUGCGAGCUAGGAUUCUUAUUUCAUAUGCUGGACACAUCCCGCGGACUGCCUUGCCAAGCGGCUAAUUUCCUUCGUGCUUUUAGAACAGUCCCUGAAGCGGCAGCUUUGGGACUUAUACUCAGUGACCUCCAUCCGGAGGCGAAAAGGAAAACAAAUUUGAUAAGAUUGAUACAGAGUUGGAACAGGUUUAUAUUACAUCAGAUCCAUUAUGAAAUUCUUGAAACAAGAAAACGACAGCAAGAGGAAGAAGAAGCAGCUCGACUUAAAACAGGACCAAAAUGUCCGCUAUUCGUCUAUAACGAGCAGGAUUUCCCUAGCAUUUUGCAGGAUAUCGGUUCUCGAUAUAGAAGUCAUGCGGAAGAAAGGAAAAAGAGGCGGAAGCAAGGGAAGAAUGAUAAAAACAAUAGAAAGUCUGUGGAAGAAAGCGAGGUACGAGACGAAGAAACAGAAAUCAGUCGACUGUUUGGAUCGGAUCAAAUGCACAUACACCGUUGUCUGAAAUGUGAGCAAGAAGCUACAAAACAUUCCAUCAUGUUGCUAUGUAAUUUAGUUUAUCCGGAAUUAGUACAUCCUUCAGAAGAGGUUCCAUUUACGAGUGUUCUUGCCCGCAGUUUAAGACCCGAGAAAAUUACACCUGCAUGGUGCGAUAAUUGUCAGAAAUUUACACCUACCCUCCAAUCUCGACAGUUGACUAAACUACCUCAAAUAUUGGCUUUGAACUGUGGUUUAGAUACACAACAGGAUAAAGCAUUUUGGCAAACUCAAAUGGACAUAGUAGUUAAGAAAAUAUUAAGCGACAAAGAAAGUAGCCCAUCUUUAAGUCCUGUCCCCAUUACCGUGAAACCUUGUCGAUACGGUAACAAUUGUACCCGAAUUGGUUGUAGAUUUAGGCACAUUGGUAGAGAUCCAGAAAAUAUAUCAACGCCACCGGUCACUCCUCCCACAACAAUUUCAACAUCGGUUGCGACACCACCUAGUCACUUGUACUAUUCUCAUUCAUGGAUACCACACAAUAUAGAAAUUUCUUUAAGCAAUAGCGGUGAAUUAUUCGUGGAAAAGAUUAGUAGUCCGGAGAUUAAUCUCAAUGAAAGUAGAAAAUCGACCGAGGAGAUCAUAAUAGAAAAUGGACAGGGUGAUAAUAAGGUACAAGAUUCUGAGAUUCCUGAGAAUGAUUUCGAGGACCAAGAGACUGAAAAUCACAUUAAUACGGAACUUUAUAACGAGGAUAUAGAGAAAGAAAACAAAAUUGAUGAGAAUUUGGAUAAAAUAAGUAAAGUUCAGUACAGCCUUAAUGCCGUUGUUUGUUACAUCGAUGAUAAGAGUAACGAAGACAGAAGAAAUAUCGUUGCUCUGUUACGAGUUGGUCCAAGUUAUCAUGAACGAUCAUCUGGCAGUGCAGUGUCGCAGUGGUACAUUUUUAAUGACUUUUGUAUAUCCGCAGUGACUCCGCAAGAGGCGGUAUGGUUCAAUCUUGAUUGGAAAGUCCCAUGUGUACUUCAUUACACGGCUGUGCCAGCACCUGAAGCAGCACCGUUUGUCAGUCCUCUUACCUAUGACGUGUUUGGUGAAGAUAAAUGUAUUGCUCGUAGUGGAGGAACUAGGGGUAUCACAUUUACUCCGUUGACAUCCGACGAAAUGCCUAAAAAAGGGGAAUUAGUUGGUAUUGAUGCGGAAUUCGUAACACUGAAUCAGGAAGAAGCUGAACUUCGAAGUGAUGGAAAAAUGUCCACUAUAAAACCAAGUCACAUGUCUGUUGCACGUAUCACUUGUAUACGUGGGCAGGGUCCCCUAGAAGGAACUCCCUUUAUAGAUGAUUACAUAAGCACUCAAGAACAAGUAGUAGAUUAUCUGACAAAAUUCAGUGGAAUUCAACCUGGUGAUUUAGAUGCAAACUUCAGCAGCAAACACUUGACCACUCUAAAGUCAACGUACCAAAAAUUGCGGUUUCUUGUUGAUAAUGGGAUCAUAUUUGUUGGUCACGGCCUAAAAAAUGAUUUUAGGGUGAUAAAUUUAGUCGUACCGCCUGAACAAAUCGUAGAUACAGUGUUGUUGUUUCAUUUACCUCAUCAUCGUAUGGUGUCAUUGCGUUUCCUUACGUGGCACUUUUUGGGUAAGAAAAUUCAGUCGGAAACACACGACUCUGCCGAAGAUGCCAGCGCUGCUCUUGAAUUGUAUCGCAAGUACAAAGAGUUAAAAUGCUCUGCGAAGUUGUCUGAAUCAUUGAAGGAGCUUUACAACGUUGGCAAUCAAUUACAAUGGAAAGUUCCGGAGGAUGACCCUCAGGAAGAAGUGCAUGAUUUAGUUACGUCAUGCAACGACAAUGAAGUUUAG